AUGCAUCCUCAUCUACACACAAAGAACGCCAUUGCGUGCGAAGAAAUCAUUGCGGCCCUUGAGGCAUGCCACAACCAAGGCUUCAUGCACAAGGCGACUGGCGGCUGCAAUGACAUUAAGGAGAAGGUCAACCAAUGCCUGCGCGCCGAGCGAACGAAAAUCCAAUCCGAAAACAGAGCGAAAGCCAAGGAAAGGCGUGAUAGAAUCAAGCGCCAGCAAGAGGAGGCCGGUUUCUGA